AUGGAGCAGCUGUGCGCCCUCUCCUUCCUGCAGGAGAUCCAGUACUGGGGUCUGGACGAGCUCAGCAUCGACUCCUGCUGCAGAGACAGGUACUUCAGGAGGAAGGAACUGAGUGAAGCUUUGGAUAUCAAGAAAGAUGCAGAAGAGCUGGAUGCCCAGGAUGAGGAAGAGGAUUUCUCCGGGAGUCUCUGUCCCAGUGUCAGGCAGAGGCUCUGGGAGAUGCUGGAGAAGCCUCGCUCUUCUGUAGCUGCCAGGACUUUUGGCACUCUCUCUAUGGCCUUUGUUGUCGUGUCCAUUGCCAAUAUGGCCUUGAUUUCUGUGGAGCUGAGCUGGUUGGCGCCCCCACUACUGGACGCCCUGGAGUAUGUGUGCAUUGUCUGGUUCACAGCGGAGUUUGCCCUGCGGCUCCUGUGCACACGGGAUCGGUGCCGCUUCCUGAGGAGCGUGGCGAACAUCAUAGACCUGCUGGCCAUUUUACCCUUCUACAUCACCCUGCUGGUGGAGAGCAUGUGCGGUGGGGAGAGCUCUCAGGAGCUGGAGAAUGUGGGGCGCAUCGUCCAGGUGCUGAGGCUGCUCAGAGCUCUGCGUAUGUUGAAGCUGGGCAGACAUUCCACAGGCUUGCGAUCUCUUGGGAUGACUAUUGCACAGUGCUACGAAGAGGUUGGCCUGCUGCUGCUUUUUCUUUCUGUGGGAAUAUCUAUAUUUUCCACGGUGGAGUAUUUUGUUGAACAAGGUGUCCCUGGCACAACUUUCACAAGUGUGCCCUGUGCAUGGUGGUGGGCAACAACUUCCAUGACAACCGUUGGUUACGGCGACAUUAGACCAGACACUACCACUGGCAAGGUAGUGGCCUUUAUGUGUAUAUUAUCAGGAAUAUUGGUCUUGGCUUUGCCUAUAGCGAUAAUUAAUGACCGUUUUUCUGCUUGUUAUUUUACACUGAAGAUAAAGGAGGCUGCUCUUCGACAGCGUGAAGCUUUAAAGAAGCUCACAAAGAACACAUCCACUGACUCAAAUAUCAAUGUUAAUUUGCGAGACAUAUAUGCUCGCAGUAUCAUGGAUAUGUUACGGUUAAGAAGCAGAGAGAGAGCAAGCACCAGGAGCAGUGGUGGAGAUGAUUUUUGGUUUUGA